GAGAGGCUUUUUUUCCCUAUUGAAUCAAGGCUCACCGAGCUCUAGGGCCUGUUGCACAGAAUGGUUCAAGCGAGUGAUCGGUGCGGGUAAAUCCCCGAGUCUCUGCAAGAAGGUGAACGUUUCCAAGCUGCCCUCUCCGAUCUCUUUUAAAGCGCACUGUGCCCCGUGAAUGUAGAAGAACGCCAGGAUCCCCCAGAUCGCGAAAUGUGGGAAUGGAAGGCGCAAACUUUGACUCGCCAUCGCUACGAGGAGUAUGAAGUUUGCCAGGCAGCGUCUACUUUGUUGAGGAUUAAAGUGCCCGUUUGGUGGAACCUAAGACGGUGUGUGAUUAUACUGCCCAAGUCCCAUCAACAACAUGGCCUCGGCUGUUAACAUUACGGAGCGCCGAAGGACAGAGGAGGAGGAGGAGGACCAUGUUCAGCAAAACAGGAGGAGGAUAAGGAGAAACCUGCGGCAUCCGACAGCGGUUUUAGAUUAUCUGGAACGGCCGAGCUAUUGCGAUGCUGCCUUUGCGCUGGAUCAGAUCUCAAAGGGAAAGGCUACUGGAAGGAAAGCACCGUUGUGGCUUCGAGCUAAAUUUCAGAAACUGUUUUUUAAUCUGGGCUGUUACAUUCAAAGGAACUGUGGAAAGUUCUUCGUUGUGGGCCUGUUAAUAUUUGGGGCGUUCGCAGUAGGAUUAAGGGCUGCUAAUCUAGAAACCGAUGUCGAGGAGCUCUGGGUGGAAGUUGGUGGCAGAGUGAGUCGAGAAUUAUCAUACACACGAGAGAAGAUAGGAGAGGAGGCCAUGUUCAAUCCGCAGAUCAUGAUUCAAACACCACCUGAGGAAGGUGCUAAUAUUCUAACAGUUGAAGCACUGCAGCAACAUCUUGACUCUGCACUUAAAGCCAGCAGAGUGCAAGUUUAUUUGUACAACAAACCGUGGACCUUAGACCACUUAUGUUAUAAAUCAGGAGCACUUGUAACAGAAACGGGUUGGAUGGACCAGCUUAUCGAAAAAUUGUAUCCUUGUCUAAUAAUCACACCCUUGGACUGUUUCUGGGAAGGUGCUAGAUUACAAUUAGGAACAGUCUACCUACCAGGGAAGCCACAGUUGCAAUGGACAAAUCUUGACCCCUUAGAAUUCCUGGAGGAGUUAAAGAACUUAAAGCAUGAGGUGGAUAUUUGGGAAGAAAUGCUGACCAAAGCUGGUGUGGGACGUGGUUACAUGGAUCGCCCUUGCCUAAACCCUGCAGAUCCCGACUGCCCAUAUACUGCGCCUAACAAAAACUCAACAACACCCCUUGAUAUUGCCCAUGUAUUAAGUGGUGGUUGCCAGGGCCUGUCUAAAAAGUACAUGCAUUGGCAAGAGGAGCUAAUAUUAGGCGGUACCACCAAGAACAGCAGCGGAAAACUUCGCAGUGCCCAGGCUUUCCAGACCAUGUUUCAGUUAAUGACCCCCAAGCAGAUGUAUGAGCACUUCAAGGGUUAUUACUACGUUUCGGAUAUCAACUGGAAUCUGGACAAAGCUGCAGCCAUUCUAGAGGCCUGGCAAAGGAAAUAUGUUGAGGUUGUCCAUCAAAGUGUUGCACAGAAUUCGACCCAAAAGGUUCUUUCGUUCUCUACUACUACCCUCGAGGACAUCCUCAAGUCAUUUUCCAGUGUCAGUGUUAUACGAGUCGCUGGUGGCUAUCUUUUAAUGCUUGCCUAUGCCUGUUUAACCAUGCUACGAUGGGACUGUGCCAAGUCCCAGGGUGCUGUUGGGCUAGCAGGUGUCUUGUUGGUUGCACUGUCAGUGGCUGCAGGAUUGGGCCUUUGUUCUUUGAUUGGAAUUUCCUUUAAUGCUGCAACAACUCAGGUUUUGCCUUUUCUUGCUCUUGGUGUUGGAGUGGAUGAUGUCUUCCUCUUGGCGCAUGCGUUCAGUGAAACAGGACAUAAUAAAAGAAUUCCAUUUGAGGACCGAACAGGAGAAUGUUUAAAGAGAACUGGAGCAAGUGUAGCCCUUACUUCCAUCAGCAAUGUGACUGCCUUUUUCAUGGCUGCUUUAAUACCUAUUCCUGCCCUACGAGCCUUUUCCUUACAAGCUGCUGUUGUUGUGGUCUUUAACUUUGCUAUGGUUCUGCUCAUCUUCCCUGCCAUUCUCAGUAUGGACCUUUAUCGCAGGGAGGAGAGGAGGCUUGACAUCCUCUGCUGUUUUACAAGUCCUUGUGCCAACCGAGUGAUUCAGAUUGAGCCACAAGCUUAUAGAGAUACGAAUGACAACCAUCCUCGUCAACCACCACCACCUUACGUCAAUCAAAAUUUUACCCACGAGACCCAAAUUACCAUGCAGUCGACAGUCCAGUUGCGCACAGAAUAUGAUCCUCAUACCCAGGCGUAUUAUACAACUGCAGAACCUCGCUCUGAGAUUUCCGUUCAGCCAGUCACUCCAACAACGCAAGAUUCACUUACCACUCAGAGUCCAGAUACUGCCAGUUCAACCCGGGAUCUUCUGUCCCAGUUUACAGACCCCAGUAAUAAUUGUGUAGAUCCACCCUGCACUAAAUGGACUCUCUCUUCUUUUGCUGAAAAACAUUACGCACCGCUAUUGCUAAAACCAACAACAAAGAUUGCAGUCAUAUUUCUCUUUUUGGGUUUACUUGGGAUCAGUCUCUAUGGAACUACAACAGUCAGAGAUGGACUGGAUCUUACAGACAUUGUUCCACGUGACACACGAGAAUAUGACUUUAUUGCAGCACAGUUUAAAUACUUCUCUUUCUACAACAUGUACAUUGUAACUAAAGAAGAAACAGACUAUCCAAAUGCCCAAUAUCUGCUGUAUCAGCUGCACAAAAGCUUCAGAAAUGUGAAAUUCAUUUUAUUGGAAGAAAAUGGAGAACUUCCAAGAAUGUGGCUGCACUAUUUUCGUGACUGGUUACAAGGUCUGCAAGACACCUUUGAUAGAGAAUGGAAAGCUGGAAAGAUUACUCACAACAAUUACAAAAAUGGGUCUGAUGAUGGUGUUCUGGCAUACAAGUUGCUAAUUCAGACUGGCAAUAGGCACAAGCCAAUUGACUUAAGUCGGUUGACUAAACAGCGAUUAGUGAAUGCUGAUGGAAUCAUCAACCCCAAUGCUUUUUAUAUCUACCUGACUGCCUGGGUCAGUAAUGACCCUGUGGCCUAUGCUGCCUCUCAAGCAAACAUUCGGCCGCAUCCUCCUGAAUGGGUUCACGACAAGGCAGACAACAGGCCAGAAACUGCACUUAGAAUUCCAGCAGCUGAGCCCAUUGAAUAUGCCCAGUUUCCUUUCUACCUCAAUGUACUGCGUGAAACAUCGGACUUUGUUGAAGCUAUUGAAAAAGUCAGAAAUAUCUGCAGCAACUUCACUAACCAAGGACUUGCCAGUUAUCCAAAUGGAUAUCCAUUUCUCUUCUGGGAACAAUACGUUGGGCUCCGACAUUGGCUGCUGCUAGCCAUCAGCGUGGUCUUGGCUUGUACUUUCCUGGUGUGUGCCCUUUUCCUCUUGAACCCGUGGACGGCUGGGAUCAUUGUGUUGGUCCUAGCACUGAUGACAGUGGAACUUUUUGGAAUGAUGGGCCUCAUUGGAAUAAAACUGAGUGCAGUUCCUGUAGUGAUCCUCAUUGCCUCUGUUGGAAUCGGGGUGGAAUUCACUGUUCACGUUGCUCUGGCUUUUUUAACCGCCAUAGGAGACAAAAAUAGGCGGGCAGUUCUUGCACUGGAGCACAUGUUUGCACCUGUGCUGGAUGGAGCUGUGUCAACUCUUCUUGGAGUUCUCAUGCUUGCUGGGUCUGAAUUUGACUUCAUUGUACGGUACUUCUUUGCAGUCCUAGCUAUUUUAACCAUUCUGGGUGUUCUCAAUGGAUUAGUCUUGCUUCCGGUGCUGCUAUCCUACUUUGGACCACUUCCAGAGAUCUCACCUUCCGAUGGAAGAACAAGGUUGCCUACUCCAUCACCAGAGCCACCACCUCGAGUUGUGAGGUUUGCAGUUCCACCUGAACAAGGGAAUAAUGGAUCUGAUUCUUCAGAUUCUGAAUUCAGCUCUCAAACUACAGUUUCUGGGAUUAGUGAAGAACUUAAACAUUAUGAAUCCAAUCUCAGUUCUACUGCACCACCACAUCAAAUUAUGGUGGAAGCAACUGAAAAUCCUGUCUUCCCCAGGUCUACAGUUGUUCAGCCAGAAUCCAGAUUCCAUCGACCAAGACCAAGGGCACCACCUGCACAGAACAUCAAACACCAGCAAUCCUGGAGGAAUUGUAGGGACCACAGUUUGGAGGCAAGGGAGGGGUUUCGACCGCCUCCUUACAGACCGCGCGUGGACGCUUUUGAAACUGCUCAUGAAGGGCAUCCCAGACUCAGCAAUAAUGAUCAUUCAAAUCAUAGGUCACAUUUCCAUAAGACUAGGAAUCCAACAUUCACUGCCAGUGGUGUUUCUGCACCAACAUACUGCCAGCCUAUCACUACUGUGACUGCCACAGCCUCGGUUACUGUUGCCGUCCAUCCUCCAAUCCCCAGCCAAAAUGUAUUUGGAGGAUGCCCACAUUAUGAGGAGUACAGUGAAACUGAAGGAGCAUUUGUUGAUCCUCAUGUGCCCUUUGAUGCACAUUAUGAAAGGGACUCAAAGGUGGAAGUUUUAGAGUUGGAGGACGUUGAAUGUGAAACACAGAGCAAUGGAAACAGAACACAUUAGUAUGGAAUUUAUGAUGUACAGAUGGCCAAAGAUGGGAAAACAAUUAAUUUGCAUAGUCUGAUUCUUGAAGCUGCAGGCUAUGAAUACAGGCGAUCCUGAAUUGUGAAAACAGUUUACUGUAACUGUUAAUCUAUUGUAUUGUUUGUUAAAUAUUGCUUCUCUAUAAUAUUUAAAGGAUGUACACAUAUGUAUUAUACAAAUGUACAAUGUAAAGUAGUAUAAUUUUAGGAGUUGUAAAACUCCUGUGAAUGGAUUGGGAACAAUUUUGUGUGAUCCAUAUGUUAUGUACAUUGAUCUGUUUAUCUGUGCCACAUUUAAGCUUAAUUUAGUCAUAAAUGUCAGCAUAUGUUGCUGCUGCUUGAAAUAUUGUAUAAUUGUAUAAUUAUUCUAUGCAAAUAUUGCUCAUGUGAUAGGAUUUUUUGUAAAGGUACACAUUUUGUUAAAAUAUUUUAAUUUUGUAUAUCACAGAUCUGUGGUAGUAUAAAAUGUCACUGUUAACUUUCAAACACGCUAUGCGUGGUUCUUAAAAUGACCAGAUAUGAAGAAAAGCACGUUAAUCUUUAUGACCUUGAUAGUUGUAGUUAUUUGACUCUUUUGCGGUGUAUUAUACAUGUCCUUGUUGUUUUAAUUUAACCCUUAGUGUGUGUGUGUGUGUGUAUGUGUAUAUUUAUUGACACCCUCGGAUUCUUCGAAUGAUAAACUGUAUCUGCAAUUUCUAACUGUCAGACUAACAAAGCGACAGUUUUUAAUUUUUUUUAUUUAUUGUCAAUUUAUGUUUUUGCAAAAUUCCCACCAUUAAGCUCAUACACUGUUCUCAUUAGCAAAGAUUUGUAUAUUUGUAAAAAUACACCCAGCCAAGUAAACUUGUGAAAGGAGGAUCAACUCCAAUUCCAUCAUUAUUUGUAAAUAUGUAGGGAGAUGCAUGGGAACUAUCCCUUAAAAACACUGGUUUAUAUUAAUGUUAAAUUCAUCUGCUGUAAUACAUGUUUGGCAUCAUUGUACUCAAACCAGGUGGGCAGGCAAGGUCAUAAUUCUCCAAAAGCAACCUCAAUUAAUUUUUUUGUAUGUAUAAAUGUAUCAUAUGAAAAAAUUACAAGGAAUUCUUACAUUCCAACAGCAAUUGCACUUCAGAAGUAUUUCUUUGGCUAUAGUGUUUAGAGGGAUCCUUAGGUCGUGACUGCUGGUAUAUCGUUUUCUUUCUGAUUAAUGUUCCAAAAUCAAAUUGACAACAGAGUUUGAAGCAUAAUAGUCAGUUAAUGACUAUUCAGAUGCCUCAUUUAGGCUUUUUUUUGUGAAAGUGAAUGACCAUUGAUAAGAUAAAAUUGCCUUUAUAAUAUUUGUAACAGACAUUCACGUAAAAUUAAUCUGUUCAUGUUGUGAAUGCAUCUAUUAAUCCAUUAACAAUAACUACAUAAUUAAAUGCAUUAAGAUAACAUACAAGGGGAUUCCAUACAAUUAACAAGAAUAUGUUCAUUAAAAAAAAUUGGAGUAAUUCAUGCCAAUAGUAUGUAAUGGAUUUUGGAUCUACCACCAUUUAUACAUCUCCCUAACUUAGAUUUAUGGAAAGGAAAAUUAGGAAAGGUUUAUAAUGAACAGCCAAACUAAAUACUAACACUAAAAGUUGAAAUUGAAUUAUGUGUAUCUUUUUCAAUUAUGCCACUUUGAUUGAAGUAACAGAUGAUGCCAAAUUGUGUUUCAGGUAAGCUGAGUUUGUCUUCUCUUUUAAAUGUUGAAAUAAGCUACUGCCAUUAGCACACUAAGGGUUAACCUUAAUUGCCUUUUUUUAUACACUUAAAAAAAAACCUCUGGCAUUGAAAAGUGUGUGAUAUUCAAUAUGGCACUUGCGGUGACCCAUUAUCAUCCAGAAUUCACAAAAAAAAUUGUAUGGUGUUAAUUGGAACUAACUUCAGCUGCCAUAGUGUAAAUGGUGUCAAAAGUUCAGAGUGGCUUCCCACUGCUUUUGCCUUGGCGUACAUCAAUUCUCACCAGUUAUUUUUCUCCCCCUACUUGUUUAAUAGCACAGAGUCUAUCAAAAGCAGAUAUAUGUUUGUGUAUUUUCUCCUCUCCCUCCUCCACUGUCUGCUGCUUCUGCACAAUGUAGACAUUUUCUCCUAUAGUCAUACUGGCAAAGGGAGAAUUUCUCAAUGGCUGGCAACUAUGUUUUUAAGAAAAAUUGUAUUUUUUGUGAUAUUUAUAUUUUUGUAUCAUAAGAUUGUUUCUUACAGAAUUUGUAUGCCAGUUUAUAACAAAAAUGCAGGGAUUUUUUUCUGUUUGAAACACUAUUACAGUAAUGUUUUACUUUGUAAUGGAUUUUAAUCUGUAUAAAGUGCUUACUAAUGUUAAUAACUAAAUAGGAAAGAUAUAUAACAGUUACAUUAAGAACGUAGAUUUUAGUAUGAGGAUGCAAAAGGAAAAAUAUUCAAACUGGGUUUCAUCGCCUGCCAGUGUUGGUAGGGGUGAGUUUGUGUCAUUUCAGUUACAAAGAUAAAUGUAUGCCAUAUAAUUUAUUUAUAUGAAAAUUUAUUUUUGUAGUGUACAUAGUAGUCAUCAAGUCUUUUGACAGAAGUAUAUUUUUAAAGAGUUUAUAUGUAAUGAUACCAUUGUGUUGGAUCGUAACUGAGACAGUUUCAAUGCACACUUUCAUUAUAACUUACAAUUGGAGAAGAUGUUUUACAGUGUUAAAAAGAAAGCAACUAUUCGAAAUGUUUCAUAAUUUGGUUUUGAUUUCCAUGGAAAACGUGCCUUGUGUAUUUUAUCCAUUUUGCAUCAUGGGAAAUGGAUAUUGUGCUCCCUAAAUAUUAAUGUUCAAACACUGAUAGAAUU